AUGGCAAUGAUGAUUCCACCACGGGAUCGCGAUUUGCGAGGCAAAGUCAAACUCUCACGUAACUCAUAUCGUAAGAAGGGGUCGGAGGGCGCGGAGGGCGCGGGGCAGCCGUCGGCGCUGGAGCUGCUGGCCGCCACCGUCAAGCUGCUGCGCCGCCGCCGCCUGCUGCUGCUCGUGCCCGUCUUCUUCUUCUUCGGCGCGGAGAAGGCCUUCGUGGGCGCGGAGUUCACGGCGGGGUACGUGUCGUGCGUGUCGGGCGUGGCGAGCAUCGGCUACGUGAUGAUCUGCUACGGGCUGACCAACUCGGGCGCGUCGGCGGCCGCCGGGUGGCUGAACGCGCGCGUGGGGCGGCGGCGCCUCAUGGCGGCGACGGUGGCGCUCCACGCGGCGCUGCUGGCCGUGCUGCUGGCGUGGGAGCCGCGCGCCGCCGCCGCCUCCUCGCGCGCCGUGCUCUUUUCCCGCUCGCCGCGCUCUGGGCGUCGUCGACGGCCUCUGGCUCGUCCAGAUCAACACAGUUUGGCAGGCCCUUCUAGUUACCACCUCUUCGUGACCGAGCAGCUAACUCGAGUGUUGUCCCGCCUGCCCGCAGCUUUGGUGAGCCACCUGUUCCCGGGCGACGAGGAGGCGGCGUUCAGCAACUACCACCUGUGGGAGAGCGCGGGGUACAUCGCAGCGUACGGCUACAGCGCGCACCUCUGCGUCUACGUCAAGCUGUACAUCCUGGCGGCGCUGCUGGUCGGCGGCGCCCUCGCCUUCGCCGCCAUCGAGCUGCUGCUGCUGCGGAGCAAGCGGCGCGCCAAGGCCCUCUGCGAGCACGACGCACUUUGA